AUUUCAUAUCCAAUGGGUAAAAGUGAUUGUGAUGCCUUGUACCAAAAAUAAAUUGUCUCAUAGUAUACAAUCCCUUUGAAUUAUAUCAGUUUUCUCAGGUACUUCAAUAGUUAUCAUACUUCUGGAUUUGACUUCCAUGGUUACCAAUCAAAAUCUAAAAUAUUUAUAUAUUAAAAAAAACUACUUAAAUUCCUCCAUGCUUGCUCUAUAACUCUGGGUCGUCUAAAAACUGAGUUGUUGCCAUGAGAGGAAGAAUGGCAAACAAACCAUCUCCAGUUUUUUAGGGCAAGUAAAAUCCAAUAGACAACGGUAUAUACGAAGCCGUCUAUCAGGUUAUCAUAAUCAAUCAAUAAAAUGAUGGAUACUUAGACUUAAUGUCCUUUUUGUGUGGGACUACUUCCACCAUCACCAUCCAUUAUUUCAAUAGAUAGUGAUGACCCAUUGAAACAUGAGUAUAUCAUAGUCCACAGAAUUAUAGCCUACUCAACCUUUUUCAAAAAAUAUCAAGAUAUUAUCACAAGAGUUACCAAGCACACAAUGUUAUUUCCAAAAUCUUGUGAUAUAGAAAAGUUUCGUGCAUGGAUAGACACUUGCAUGUGUUUAGGCAAGGAUCCUAUGGUACUUACACAAUAAGUGUGGGACCCUGAUCUCCACCAACAGUUAAAGAAACUCCCGAGAUUUUUAACUUUGUGAAUAGUCUAUCAUAGUUUUACCCCUUCAUUCAUUUUUUCAGGACUCUCUCGAGAUAAAUGAAGGUUCCAAAACUUAACUGAGAAAUUCCUAGUAGUAGUCACCAUUCAUCAGUUUUUUUAAACACAAAAUCAGCUGCCUAGGCAGCCAAGGGUCUGGGCGGCCGUCCAGGGGGGACCCUAGUCACCUAGGCAGCCCAGAUAGAGAGGAGGCCAUUUUGGGUCCUCUAUGAGGUUAUUGGGGGGUGAUCCAAAGCCCCCAUAAUUGAACCUAAGUAGAAGAAUUAAAAAUGAAUCAUUACAUACAUACACGAGUCUAAAAUUUUAAUUUGGAAAACUAGAAGUCUAAAACUUUAGAAGAUUGAAACUUGCCCAACAUUCAUUCAAAAUUGUAUGGACCAUUAAUUAUUUACAUAAAACAAUCUUCCACUACAAGCCAAUAUGCCAUAGUCCAAUCCACUGUCCACAUUGACCAUCAUAUUCAGAAUAGGAAGUCACAGCUCACAAAAAUCCAAACUCAAAAGGCUUGAAACUACAAAACUCAGAGGUGCCACUUCUGAGUUUUGGACCUUUGCCGAAACACCUAUUUUUCCACCACUUCAGGUUAUACUAUUCAAUUUCCCAAAAAAUGGAAAGCACCAAAUUGUUUUUCCAAUCUUGGAAAUAUCUCACAAAUCAAUAUUUUGAUGUGUUUCUCUCAAAAAAGUGAAGUACAAGGGGUUUUUUUUCCUCUCUGUUUUUUUUUGUUUCCAUUUCGGUUUUUUUUUUUUCGGACCUUUAAAAUUAUGUUUUCUGCCCUUGCCUAAGGGAUUUUUCGAGCCUUGAGCACAGUCAUCGAGGUGGCCGCUUAGCGGCAAGGCUACUAGGCAGGAGCCUCUUUUACAUGGCUGAAUUAGGGGCACACAUAUGCCACUUCGGUCCAGAAGAGGACCUCAACCGCCUACAAUGCCAUGCAUCAAACUCCAAGAAAAUCACGCCAAUUAAACUACACUUAAAUAUCUGCAAAAUGCUAAUGCAGAUAGAGCUGCAUGAAAAGGUAGGCCAAGGAAGCACAGCAGAAAUCCACAGGGGGACAUGGAGAGGGCUGGAUGUUGCAGUGAAGUGCAUAGACCCUGGCCUCUUCCAUAGACAACCCGAGGCGGUGAACUGGUUUGUCCAAGAGCUUGAAACACUUCAACGACAACGCCACCCCUUCGUACUCCAUGUAAUGGGUGCUUGUCUAAAUCCACCCAACAAUGCAUGGGUUGUGACCGAGCUUUUGAGUGGCAAAACCCUAAUGGAAUGGCUUCAUGGUCACAAGGAGAGGAGAAGCACAAGAGAUAUACCGCUACCCCCAUUAAGAGAGAGGAUUAGAGUUGGAAUGGAAGUGGCCCAGGCCAUGAGGUACUUGCACGAGCAGACACCUAAAGUUGUGCAUAGAGAUCUGAAGACUAGCAAUGUGUGCCUCGAUGAUUAUGGGCAUGUGAGGGUGGCUGACUUUGGGCAUGCACGGUUCUUGCCAGAGGGUGAACAUGCACUCACUGGAGAGACAGGUACAAGGUUUUGUGGUUCCUUAAAGAGGGUGGUUGAUGUGCCUCUCUGUACAUAUGUCUAUAUGGCCCCAGAAGUAAUAAGAUGUGAACCAUACAACGAGAAGUGUGAUGUGUUCAGCUUCGCCAUCAUAUUAAACGAGUUGAUCACAGGGCAACAACCUUAUAUAGACUCAACUUAUUGCCCCACUAAGAUAGCCCUUGAGGUCUCUGAGGGAAAUCUCAGACCUACUCUACCUGAGGAUGAUGGAACACUAGGAGAGCUCAUCAAACUCAUCUGCCAUGCAUGGGAUGAAGAUGCCUCUAGAAGACCGUCAUUUGCAAUUAUCACCUGCCUCCUUAGACGUGUUCAACUUCAACUCACAGAGACCAUCUACCCCAUUUUAAGUGUACCAGAGUGA